AUGAGGAAGUUGAGAGGUGGCACAACUAAAGAAACCAAAAAGGACAAAUUGGAGAAGAGGAGAGACAAGGAAACAAUUAAUGAGAAAGUUUUCAAGCUUGUCCUGCCUACCGUGGGUGUUCUAUUCCUUAUUCUCGUCAUUACUGUUUACAUUCUCUGUCGACCCCCGGCCCAAAUAAAAUAA